AUAGAUCCCAAUGAUCACAGGUUUGUCUCCCGGACUGUGGUCCAACAGCCUGUGUCUGCAUCAGCUCAGCUGGGAGACCCUGUGGCUCUCCAGUGCUCUAUUACCUCCCAGAGGACGGACCACAGUAACCAGUGCCAAGGGGAACCCAGUGUGUACUGGUUCAGAUCAGGACCAUCUCACCCUGCUGCCAUUUACCUGAAUGGAAACAGGAGGGGUGGAUGUCAGAAUAGUUCUGGGCGUCCGUCUGCUCCACAGAGCUGUGUCUACACUCUCCCCAAGAACAAUGUAAACUCCUCUGAUGCUGGGACCUACUACUGUGCCCUGGCAGCAUGUGGAGAAGUUGUGUUUGGAAGUGGAACUAAGCUGGACAUAACAGGAACCAACUGGCGUCUAGUUACCAUGGUGCUUGGAAUACUGUUGGCUUGCUGUCUGGCUGUGUUUAUAAUCCUGUUUCUAACUAGAAACACAAAGUAUGUUUGUGAUCAUCGCGAAGGAACACUGAGUGCUUCCAACCAAGUUCCACAUGACUCAGGGAAUCAGGAACAACAGGAGCGGGAAACAGAUUCCUUAAACUACGCAGCGUUGGAGUUCUCUGGCAGGAAAACCAGAGGACGGAAGAAGAACACUGAAAGGAAUCAGGAGAGUCUGUAUUCUGCUGUGAGAGAAACCUGCCAGUGAAGUCCAUCAACCUGGGAGUUUGUGUCACCUGAUGAGUCUAAAGAGGUGAUAAUGGUGGAAUUAAUCAAGACUUGUUUGUUGUCAUGAGUACAUGUCGAUUGUUCCUAAUGUUUAGUGAUGUUGUUUUGUUUAGAUGAUAAGCAUUUAAUUGCUCAUAAUUUGUGAUGUAUUUUGUGAAACCUAUCUUGGUUGAUGCCCAGCAGAACUUGGCCAUGAAGGAAAAAUCAAGCAGUUAAAAUAAUCUUGAAUCCUAAAAUGAUACCUUACAAAAGAAAAAAGAAGAGACGAUGAAGUGAGUGAAAGAGGAAGGAUGAAAGAGGAGAAUAGAAAGACUGGAAAUGAAUCAAAAGAGAAACAAACUAACAAUAUAUAGAAAACGAGGUAAAACACAAAGAGAAAAGCAUGAACGCUACUUAAAGACCUCUGGUGCAGUUCAUAUCUGCUUUUUAAACCACAGUACUGAUACAGCUUGCACAAAUGGAGAUGAGCAGGUGUAGAUACUUUCAGUCAUUGCAAACAUUCCUAAUCCACCUGCAUUAUGUGCAUCUUUCUGUAAAUUCCUACAUUUUAUGAGAUCAAAUAACUGAUCGACUUGUGUUUACAUUUAGUUUAUUUUAAGUUUAUACUGACUUAGGACUCUUAAGUGUGUAAUUGUUUCUAGAAUGUGUUAACUGAUAUUAUUUGGAAUGGACAAGGAACAUGUGACCUUGACGUCAUUAGUUCCAAUGCUCCAAAUAACUCGGCAAGAUGUACUGCUUUGUGGAAAAUUUGCAAUGAAAAAUAAA